UGGUGGUUAAAUAUCUCUGACUGAUACUAUAUUUGUGCUGACUCGGAAAGUGAAGUCUUAGUCACUUUGUGCGCUGCGGCUGUUGGUGAAUUGAGUUGAACUUGUUAAGCUACCGUGUUACCCGUGUAUUGAUUCAAAGUUCAGUAUGAGUCUCCAGUGGACAAUAAUUGCUGCCUUUCUAUAUGCAGAAAUUGCUGUUGUGCUUCUGUUGGUGUUGCCUGUUGCUUCACCGCAAAGAUGGCAAAAAAUUUUCAAGUCAAGAUUCUUAAAAAGCCUCACAAGCCAGGCACAAAUCUAUUUCGUUGUGUUGCUGGCAGUGCUGGUUCUCUUCUUUCUCGACGCCAUACGUGAAAUGAAGAAGUAUUCCAGUCCAGAUGAAUCUACGCACCAGCAUCUUGAUGCCGAAAUGCAGGUGAAUAUGCGCCUUUUCAGAGCUCAGAGGAAUUUUUACAUAUCAGGAUUUGCUCUGUUCUUGUCACUGGUAAUUCGGCGACUUGUGUGCUUAAUGUCAAUGCAAGCAACGUUGUUGGCACAAAGUGAAGCUGCUAUGCAACAAGCGAGAUCAGCAACUACUACAGCUCAGAGUCUCAUGGCACAGAAUCAGACAAGCGCGGCACAGAACGACACGAACGAAGCCCAUGACAAGGAGGUGACAGAGCUGAAAAAGAAGCUUGCGAAGCUGGAGAGCGAUCUAGAACGCGAGAAGAAAGAUAAGGAGGCCAUUAAAGCUCAAGCACAGUCUGUUAGCACAGAAUAUGAUCGUCUAAAUGAAGAAUUUCGUAAGAUGCAAGCCAAGGUAGACGUUGCUUCUGGUGAGCCGAAGAAAGAUGCUUAACUUAACGUGUUUUUGUGUUGUGCACACACAGCAUUGAAUAUUUGUUGUAUAUACUGCUAUUCUUUAUGUUUGAGAGAGAUUUUAGUAUGUUAUGGCAGAUUUUCAUCUAAAAUGCAAAUUUUCCUCCACUUUGAUUUCAUGGUUUCAGUGUUAACCAGAAAAAAAAAUCAUUCUAUUGUGUUGACGUUUCCUAUUCAUCAAACAUUGUGUAGUCAUGUGCUGCCAGUACUUUGCAUUAAAGUACAAG